AUGUCGGGCUGCGAACCUGACCAGCGUGUGGGCAGCACGCCCUUCCCUUCCUUGGCCCCACCAAUCACACUACUGGUGGAUGGGAAGCAGCAGAUGCUGGUGGUCUGCCUGGUCCUCGAUGUUGCACCCCCCGGCCUUCACAGCCCCAUCUGGUUCUCAGCCGGCAAUGGCAGUGCACUGGAUGCCUUCAACUACGGCCCUUCCCCAGCAACAGAUGGCACCUGGACUAGCUUGGCCCAGCUCUCCCUGCCCUCUGAGGAGCUGGCAGCAUGGGAGCCCUUGGUCUGCCACACUGGGCCUGGGCGCCACAGCAGGAGCACACAGCCCCUACAGCUGUCAGGAGAGGCUUCUACAGCCAGGACUUGCCCUAAGAAGCCUCUCAGGGGGAUGCCGGGCCAGGCGCUGCGGCUGGGGGCGUUGCGGGUGCUGCUCUUCAAGCUGCUGCUGUUUGACGUGCUCCUGACCUGCAGCCGCCUCCGCGCCUGCCCGCCGCCUUCUCCCGCGGUGGCCGCCAGCCUGCGAGCCCUCGGCCCCCACCGGCUGCGCCCGGCCGCGGUGAUCGAGGGACGAGAGGCCGCCAGUUCACCCAGCCCGCUGUGGGCUCUGCAGCCCCGCGGCCGCUGCGGCGAUCACGCCCGUCCGGGUCGGCAGCCCCGGAGCUCAGUCUGGCAGGAGGGGACGUUCUCAACCAGCCGAGCUUGGGGCUGGUGCUCCUGA